CAUCCAGACUUCGCGCGCUCAACAUCUCCCGCAGCUCGAAACUUGACGCUCAGCUCGUGCGUCUUAACUCAUUCGUUGGUCGACUGUGUGUAAUUGUCCCCCCCAAACCACUCCCCCGAACCCAUGACUUGUCACUCUACAGCUUGCCUUCGGUAGGGCCGACGCAUUCCUCCGAAGAGGCUUAAACUCUUCAAGUUUUCGGUCAUUUCCAGUAAUGAGCUGAUGUCGGGACUCUGAUAACACGAUUUUGUAGAGUACGUCAAAUGGUGGCUCGUCCACGCAAACAGUGAAUGAAACUGAGAGAAAAAUCAUACGCGCUGACAACUUGAGAGAUUUCUUCACUAGGACAAGUGAUAGGAUUAUAAUAUUAUACAGUUAACGGGAGUUCUAGCAGCUACGUAGAGGCUUGUUUGCCGCGUGUCGUGUCGAUCGUAUCGGGAAAAAGAAGAAAAGCAACAUGGCCAAAGUGAUUCCCGAACCCCUGCAUAAAUUCCUGGGGGCAGACACCACCAUAUUCACCCUGACGCAGAACAACAAGACUGUCAUUUAUGACUUGACGGUUCCCCCGAGACAGGUGGACGGAUUUUACACGACGUCCACCAACUACACUUACGCGCUGACGUUCAGCUUCGAGGAGGAAUUCGAAGUGAGAGAUUACACCGGAUGGAUGAGGUACAACUGGUGGCAGGCUCUCGUCUGGAUAGCAAUCUACGUGACCUUCAUCUUCGUCGGUCAGAAUUACAUGAGGGAAAGGCCCCGUUACGAGCUGCGAAAGGCCCUGUUCCUGUGGAAUACCGUUUUGGCUAUCUUCAGCACCUUCGGCGCCAUCAGGACCGUGCCAGAGGUGCUCCAUCUCAUCAAAGACUACGGUUUUGGCUUCACCUGCUGUAUCUCGGGAAAACCUUUCCUGGACAACCGCGUGGGAGGCUUCUGGAACUGGAUGUUCACGCUGAGCAAAGUUCCUGAGCUGGGAGACACUGUGUUCAUCGUGCUGAGGAAGCAGCCUCUCAUCUUCCUCCACUGGUACCAUCACGUGACCGUUCUCCUGUACGCCUGGUAUUCCUACUCUGACUACAUCGCCACCGCCCGCUGGUUCGUCUGCAUGAACUACCUGGUGCACAGUAUCAUGUACAGCUACUACGCCCUCAAGGCCCUGAAAUUCCGCGUGCCACGCUGGGUCGCCAUGGGCAUCACCACUGCCCAGCUGCUCCAGAUGGUGAUGGGCGCCGCCGUCAAUAUUUGGGCGUACCAGGUGAAACAAGCAGGCAACGAGUGUCACGUUUCCUAUGACAAUAUUAAGAUUUCCCUCCUCAUGUACACAUCCUACUUCGUGCUGUUCGCUCGCUUCUUCAGGCGGGCCUACGUCCUGAAGGACAAGGAGGCCCCGGCCACGAAGAAGGGGCAGGAAUCCUUGGCAUACGAAGGAAAAAGCUCCAAAGGUAAAAUGGAAUAAACACAAAAUAAAAUUCAUUUUGCUAAGAUUAAAAAUAAGAGAAAAUAGCGUUUUUGUGAAAGUUAUUCAGCGUUGUGUCAAGAAAGAAAAUGGGAAAGAUGAGAGAGAUACGGUAGCUUUCACAGUAGCACCCGGUCCCUGUCCCCCUACUCUGACCUCGUUCAUGUAAUAUCAUUUGCACAGUGGCUGCUGUAGAGGUUGGUUGGGGCACAGGUUUCAGCUAUAGGUUCACAUAGUCACUGUUGCUAGUUCAGCUGGGUACCAAAAUGUUGUUUAUAGUAUCAGUAUGAGUUACAACAUUGCAACACAUGGCAUUCCAUUAGUUUAAUUUAUACUUGCAUACUUACGUACGUGUACUAAUGUAAUUACAUUACAAGUGUAGUGAACAAAGUGAAUUUUUGGGAACAUCAUUAUUUGCCAGUCACUGACUUUAUUUGGUAUCCAGUAUUAUUUCGAAAUUGCCAUCAGAUUUCUGUUCCCAAAAAUCUGGUGAUUUCUAUAGCUACCAACGAUAAAAAACAAAAAACUUUGUAUAACUUAAGUUUACUUAAGAGAUCGGUUUUCAUUUUCUUACUAAGGGAGACCUUUUCUAAUACGUUGUGCAGUUACUGGUCCCAAGGAAUUACAAUGUCUGUAGCUAAGUCUUGACUGCUGUUUAUAAACUUUCCCGGAGUUUGAAGCCUUCACACUUACACACACUAAGUGAAUACUAUGUUAUGUUAUAAACGAGUAGGAUUCAGAACAAUAUUCUUCUUUAACUGGCAGAAAACCAAAAUUUGAUUAUGGGAGUUUUCUGUUGAAAGUUUUAUUUUUGGUAGUUAAACACUUUUAGUGAUAAAGGUGAAAAGUAAAAAAAAUAUAUUUAAUUUGGAAGCUGCUUCAAGUUUUAGAUCAAUUGGCUGAUUUAGAGGUUGUUAGGUCAGCACAAAGCUUAGCACAAAUUGAAGGUUUAGGAAAGAAGAAAUGUUUUAUUUUUCAUAGAUAAGAAUUUUGCUUUUGGAAGAAAAUAGAGCUACUGACAGAUAUAGCUAAUGUGUUGAUGAGAGGGGCCUUACCUCUAUUAUAUUUGUUAUUGUUUUCCAUUUUUUGUGUUUCUAUGUAUUGUGUGUUUGUACAUAAGUAAUGUUUGUACAGACAAAUUCCAUAUGCAGACAUAGCAGCGAAUGUGUACACACACAGACACACAUACACACACACACACAAGUCAAGAUUUACUGGAAUAUUCGCACAAAACUUGUACCACUGAACUUGAUGAUCAUUCCCUUGACUUGAAGUCUCGUUCUCUCCUGAGAUCUCGGUUGCAUUCCUAUCUCAUAUUUACAAGUGUGUAAAGUUUUCUUGCAAGUGACUUGCCACAUUCGACAGUUUUAUUCUACUGUAUUUAGACACUGUGCACAUCUAUGCUGAAUGUACGUUAUCGAUCAUAGACCAUUUUCUGAACUACGAUACUAUACUGUGAUUUUUAGUUUUUGUUAAUUGCAUGAAAUGUAGUUCGGUGGUUAACUUCUGUCAUUUGUAGGGAAAAUUUUGUAUCUGGCCUUUAUAACUCCUGUACAAAUAAAGCACCAUGGAAACAAGUCCGUUCUGUAUUUUGUGCAGCAUCUAAAAUUUAUUGUUAAUUUUUUUUAUAUGAUCUGUGGACUUAAUGUUUUUAUAUCUUUCUGCUCCCGCAAAUAGUUAAAGACAUUAAUUUUAGUAUCUCAUAGGUCACACAAACUUUAAAUGUACAUUAUUCAUAUUUUGAUUGUUUGAAAUAUUUAAUAAAAUAAGCGAUGUUCAGAAUCUGACAAAGGUCUUAAGAACGAAGGUAAGGGAUCAUCAUAUUAUGGGAUCUUUUGUUUCUCUCAAUGAUUUCGUAUCUUCCAGUUGAGCAGUGCAUGAGCCGAUUUUGUAUUGAAAGCAAUUUUUUAUCGACUGGUAAACCUUUGGAUAUUUCACAUAGGAAUAACGUCUUUAUAUUUUUGUUAGCUGGUCGAUGUUUUGAGUUUUGAGAAUGUUAUACUUCAUUGUUGUUUGUUACAACUGAGCCAAAUAAAAAUGAGGCUGCAUUCUGUUGAAGAAUGUUUCCUCCAUGGAGGUUGGAGCAAGAGAAUGAGUCCUUGGUACCAAUGUAACACUUGUAUAUUUUUUUAGUAACUACUUUCCAUUCUUAUAAUUUUUGUACUUACUGCAUCUUGUCAUUGUCACUUUCCCAGUCUUCACAUGUAUCAUAGUUGCUAUUUUGUUUUUAUCUAGUUAUGUACUCCUCAGUAUCUUCAAUUUUAUAUCAUUCCUUUAUAUUAUAAGACCGCACAAGUUUCAUCCUCUCAACAAAUAGGGAAAUAAGAAGUAUUUUUAGGGCCAAUAUUCCAUAUGGUAGUGUUCUAGACAUUUAUUUUUUUGACUUGCAAAAAAAUGUGUAAAUCCAUCACUCCAAAGGUUCGAAUUCUUUUAAUUUAUUGUAUCUGUUCUAGAGAGACUAAAAAUAUAGGAGCACAAACCAUGACGCUUUUCAUGUCAAAGUAAUAUACUACAAGCCGCAUGUCCUGUAUGUCAGCCGUCUGUGGGCCAAUUGUAGGAAGCUGUGUUUUCAAUGUUGAUUGUAUAAACAGUGUCAGAGGUGCACUUCGUAUCAAGCUUGUCUCUUGUGUCUUUCUUUAUAUGCGAUUCGGGUAAGCCAAGUCAAAAUUUAAAGUGCUGAGGUCCAGUGGUGGUUGUGGUAGAACUUAGCAGGGUUGUGUCAUUUCAUUGAAUCACUUUGAGAAUUGUCGAGACUUUUAUAAAAAAAAAUAAAAUAAAAUAAAAUAACAGACUCGAGCAAUUAUUAUGAAGAACUGCUUAUAGGAUAUCUUUUUCGUGUUUUCAACACGAUGGAUUUCUUACCCACAGACUCUGCACCAAAUAUCAAGCAAAGGUAGGAUUUUUCAAGGACACGGCUAUUCAGAACUUAAGACUCGAUAUUAGUAUGAUAUUGAAGCAUCAUCAUGUAAAAUGUAGUCUCCUGGUAAAUUUGUAAUCACUGAAGGUUUUCAUGUAGGGAAUUUAUCACCUGCUAAGGUUGUAAAUGUCUGACAUACGAACGAAUGUAGUAUCUUAAUAAAUUUUGUAUUGUUGUUAAAUCAACUGAAAGCAUAAUUUUAAAUCAAGAAUAAACGAUUCGAGCAUAAGAGCAUAAUAAAGAAGAAACAUAAAAAAAAUCCUUGUUUCUAAAAGUCUUUUGUAUCAUUUGGACAUGUCAUUCAGUCUAUAUAUUCAGAUAUGUAACAAGAGUUAAAUACUUGCUUGCCAGAUUGUUAAUAAAUGGAGGAAUGUUU